AAUUACAAAAAAGAAAAAAAAAGUAAAGCUAUAAAAAACCUAGUUACUCAGCUCCACUAGAUCCUCAUUUUUUUUAGAUAACCCAGGGAUAUUUUCAUGUCUGUCCUAAUACUUGAUGUUUUGUUAUUACACAAUGCCAGAAGCUUGGUUGUCUGUAAAGAAAAGAAACUCAUUUGACUUGUGGUUCUAGAAGCUAGGAAUCCAAUGUCAAGAUGUUUUACCUAUGGGGUGGGGGUGGGGCUCUGGAGGCAUUGUCCUGUGUCAAAAGACAAAGGUAUGUAAAACAAAAACAAGAGUGGAAAUUCAGUCUCCUGCCCAUUUAUAAUCAGCAGGGAUCCAUUCAUGAGUGUGGAGUUCUUGUGGCCCACAUGCCUCCAGAGGGCCCCAGUCCCACACUUCACUGGUAAGUUUACAGCCAUUAUUUCUCUGAAUAUUUUCCUGUUCCUUUCCCCUCUGUGGCAGUCCUAGUGUAUACAUGUCUGUGUGAUUGACUGGGGUCAUUCUGUUCACCAUUUCCUUUCACACUGUCAGAACACAUGUCUCUGUAAGUCUAUCUUCUGCUAGUGUUACACUGGUAAGAGAUUGUCCACAGGAAGCUUUGGAGGUACACAUUCAGGUCCCAGUAGAUAAUGACAGUUUCCAAAGCCAUUCUUAACUUUAUAUUGUUAUAACAGAAUUCCAAGGUGAUAUGGUUGUAUUAUCUGUGAAGGAAUGCAGCCUGCUUUGCCACACCGUUUCAGAAAUUCAGGAGAGUGUAGCACUAAGUAUGAUUGAUUCUGGUGAAAAUCAGAUGGUAGAAAAUAGAAGCAUAGUUGCAAUCAGGUGUAGCGCUUAAUACAUUAGAGUAGGUCAUCCAUUGGAGCAUGAGAAUCUGAUCAGUGGCCACAAAGCAACAAAAGAAUGUUUCUCCCUCUAGCAGAAACAACCAAUAACUCCUCAGUACGGGGUGGAGCCUGGAGAAAACCUAACAAGUCAAUACCAGAAUUUUGGCUGGCUUGGUCUUGUGUAGAUCUUGAGCAGAUAACCACAGGUGUUGUGAAUUUGUGAGUGUCAUGGUCAGGAGACAGUAUUUCACAGCACUCCUCCCAAUCCUCUGGUUUUUACUGCUUUCUUCCCCUUUCAGGAUGUUCCUAAAGCCUUGAUGUGUGUGAUGUUUGGAUAGAAGGUAUUGAAACCCAAGUCCUAUUCAAUGCUGAGUACUCAACCUGCACUUCUUUAUAGCGCAGUCCCUUUUAUCAAAACCCACGGCAGUGGAGCCAGUGCUGCAGAAAAGAUCUGUCUGAAUACCAUACAGGGAGAAGGAAAAAAGACAGUCUCAUUCAGUAAAACACAGGAAAGAACAUACUCAUGAGAGCAAUGUACAAUCAAAGGAGACCUGAGACCCAUCAUGGCCAACACAUCAAAUCAGGAAACCCCCAGUACUCAAAGGAGGGGAGGAAAUCCUUAGUAGUCCCACCAUCCUGAACUACCAACAAACCCACAGGAAAUGGCAAUCCCUUCUCAACAAUGACCUAAUGCAAAUGUUCUCAAUACAACAAUUAAAAGAUGAAUAUCAACUCACUGCAUUAGAACAAGACCUAACUAUCCAAAGAGACAUGCCUUAUAUGUAAGACACAUAAAAAACUGUCUAAGGAUGGAAGAUAACCUGUCAAGCAAACAUACACUAGUGCUCUGUGGUAGUCAAGAAAUAAGAAUGCACUCUUUAUUUAGUGAAGUUCUGAUUAAAUCAGCACCAAACCAUUUCCUCUGAGCAAACAGACAUUCAAGUUGUGGAGAGAUAACUGUGUCUUUCACAUCUCUUAAGAAAUCCAAUAGCUAUAAAUGUAACAAACUUUACAGCUGUUUUUGUGUGAUCUCCAUGGAGGUAGUAGAAACAAUGGUGCUUGCUCACCAGCACCUCCCUGGUAACCUUUGUUGGAAGAAGCAGCAGCCAUUGAUACACAGUGACACCACUGCAUGAGCCAAUGUUGGAUUUUGAUUCCAAAAUUAUCUGAACUCAGAUCGGUCUGGGCUUUCUCUUGAGGAGCUUGACUAUGAUGUUCUUUGCCCAAUAGAGCAAAGAAGACAAAGGACAACCUUUAGCCCAGUGAGUUAAUUGCCUCUGGAUAGUUAUACAGAAGAACAUGGAGAAAGGUGCCAUCUCUUCCUCUUGCACUCCUUUGUAUCAUUUAAUUUCUGUAUGUAAUUAGGUAAUGUUAGAACAUGUUAGAGAUAUAUGCAUGAUUUUGAAACAGGGUUUUUCCUAUGGAGCCAAGGCUAACCUCGAACCCACAGUCCUCCUGUCUCAUGCAAUCCUGUCCUAUCAAUAAGUCUCAAGAGUGAGUCUUAAUUUUUUUAGUGUGAAGGUCUUUAAAGAAUUCCCACUUUAUACCAGGGGUCAUUAUCCAUAAUGCCUUAUGCUUACUCAGUGACCUAGGACAUGAUAGCACAAGUAUUGUUUGAUGCCAGACCUAACACACACACACACACACACACAAACACACACUGGUUUACUUCCACUUGGGAGAGUAGAGAGCAAAUCAUUUUAGGGUAAAGAUUGCAGCAACUGCUUUAAAGGUUCCUUAGAACUCUCAGAAGAGAAAGGAAGAAAAGAUACCAACUCCAAUGAGAAAGCAUUGCUUGAGAGUGUGACAGCAAAUGACAACUCAACAGAGGACACCCUUUGAUACCUUGCAUAAGGGAAGAUGUGUCCUGGUUGGGGGCGGGGAGAGAUGCAGAUGUUACACAUACAAAAAUAGCAUUUUCAGAACUGACCAUAAGAGCAAAAACACUCCGUCUGUGCUUUGAAAGGAAUGAAUAAAAAAUGGAAGCAUGGUGAAUGUGACCAUUUGCUACCUCCUACAUUUUAGCAGCCCCAGGGACACACACUCCCAUCAUUCUAUGUAACACAAGAAGAAAUUGAUCCACACAGAGGUUCUGUCAUUGACAUAGGGAGGACAAGAGGUAGAAGUGGAAUUGGUGCUAGGGAAGCCUACCUCUGGAGUCCUUGCCUCUGUGUGUUUUUGUUCCUGGGACUUUCUUCCUAAGUUUAUACGGGAAGGUAGCAUGAGACUCAGCAGUCAGGUUUAGGUAAAGGGGGACUAUGCAGACUAAGUAAGUGCUCAGUAGCCUAUGCUGAAAGAUGAACUGACAUUGAGGUACUGGAUCCUAACCCAACCUUCCAGACCAGGAAAGACUGAAAUGAAUUUUUAGUGCCUGCAUGCCACCAAGUCCAGCCAUGGAUUCAGGACAUUCUAGUAAUAUCAUCGUGGAAAUUGUGCAUCAAUUCCUGGACACGGUUCAGGCGGGGACUGAGGCUGGUGACUCUCCAACAUUAUCUCAGAAGGCAAAAAGGGAGCCAUGCUUCCCUGAAAUCCACCCCACUUUUAAAUAGAUCUGUAGCGUGUUCUCCUUAUUGCACUGUCUAGAUGAGAGCUGAGAAGUUCGGGUGGAGUUCAGUCUGCUGUAUGGCACUUCAUUUCAUCUUCCACUAGGGAGCUGUUAAAUUUGUUACCCUGCAGCCAAGUGCUGUUCUGUGCUCGAGCACUGAGCUUAUCUGACUUGCACAUUAAUUAUCUUUUAUUACACCAGCAGGCCUUCGGUAUCCCUUUCCCCUUCUUCAGAACCAUGUGGUCCAAGUAGACGAGUUCUCAAAGGCAUGCUGAAGGGAAAGCACCUUCAGCAAACUCUUGUGUUAAAAAUUCUGUCCGGAAUGAGCCAGUCUGGGCCCCAAGCUUCCCCACCCCGCCCCCUUGCAGCCAUGUCGGAGGCCUCACAUCUCCCGGAGCAGGACUGUGUUGAGGGGGCAUGAAAAAUCUUACAAAAACUGAAAGUGAAAUGAGGAAGGCAGAUUGAGCAAUCCAUGGAAGGCCUGAGCCAGAGAACCUACUUCAGGAUAGCGAAAGAUGUAGAAGAGAGUCAGGAGAGCGCUCCUAGGGGAGCCUCUAAAGACACAGAUGACAGGAAAUGACCCACCCCCGUGGUCACUUACUCCAAAGGCCCAGACCUUCGAAGGAAUGGAUGAGUCUGCAGAGACCCAUCCACCGUGCCUUUCUUCUUGCCCUGAGAAAGAAGAAGAAAUGAAAGUGGGGUGUGUUUCCAUCACUCCGCAGAAGGCGUGUGCCUGGGUUGGGGUCUGCAGGGAUGGAAGGCUUCUGGCUGCUACUCUCCUGCUGGCUCUGUUGUCCUGCGGCCUCACGGUGAUGUCCUUGUACCGGUUUGCUGCUCUGCAAGCUGACCUGAUGAGCCUGCGCAUGGAGCUGCAGGGCUACCGGGUUGCAGGAGCACCAGCCGCCCCAGGGGCUCCAGGGGCCACCGCAGAAGCCAACCUCCUGGCACCGAUAGCUCCGCGAACCCACAACUCCAGCGUCAGUCACAGGAACAAACGCGCUUUCCAGGGACCAGAGGAAGCAGUCACUCAAGACUGUCUGCAACUGAUUGCAGACAGUGACACGCCGACUAUACGAAAAGGAUCCUACACAUUUGUUCCAUGGCUUCUCAGCUUUAAAAGAGGAAGCGCCUUGGAGGAAAAAGAGAACAAAAUCGUGGUGAAGCAAACGGGUUACUUCUUCAUCUACAGCCAGGUUCUAUACACAGAUACCAUUUUUGCCAUGGGACAUCUUAUCCAGAGGAAGAAAGUGCAUGUUUUUGGGGACGAGCUCAGUCUGGUGACCCUGUUCCGAUGCAUUCAGAAUAUGCCAAGAACACUGCCCAACAAUUCCUGCUACUCAGCUGGCAUCGCUAGACUUGAAGAAGGAGAUGAGAUUCAGCUUGCAAUACCUCGAGAGAAUGCACAGAUUUCACUGGAUGGAGAUGGGACCUUCUUUGGUGCCCUAAAACUGCUGUGACCCACUUACUGGACCAUGUGGUCCUGUCUCUCCUUUCUUCUGUACCUCCAAGGGAAAAAUGGACAACUGGAAAUAUCAAAAGAGGGGGAAGUCACCACCCAAACUUUCCUUGUGAGCUGUUUAUUUUGGUUUGCUGAAUCUGGUCCAAAACAGGAAAUUUAACAGACAACCACAACCAAAAUGUGUCAUGUGAAUUAUGAGAAACGGAGUCUGUAUUCCCGUAUUCAUAAAGACAGGACCUUAAAGUCUGUGCUCUGCAAUCUAUGCCAACACUCACCAUGCCCUUACUUCUCAUCUUGGGAAAUACACUGUUCACAAAGCAGAAAGGCCGCCUCACAAGUGGGCUUUCAGAAUUCGCCGUGGGAGAAGAGGGUCUGUAUCUGAAGGUCAUUGAAACAUUCAUGCAAAGUCUCAGGAUUUAUCUUCUCUUCUCACAUUAGACUUUUCCCUUGUCCAGUUAAUACUAGGGGAUGUAUUAUUUGUUCUCAUUUUUUUUUGUUUUUAAAUCUAGGCAUCUUGAACUAGUUAUAGACAAAAAUACUUAGAGGUUCAACUUUUGCCACUUUCAAAUAAACUUAAUUUAAAAUGUU